GGUUGCCCCCACAAUGACGCUGCUGCAACUUUUUGUCUUUCUUUCUGUGACAAAGUAGCAAAUAGCUUCUUCUAUUUUUUUUUUUUUUUUAAACAAUAUUAUUUAUGAUGAUCAUGAUCGUGAAGUCGCUUUUAUUCCUAAUCGUGGAUUUGCAAAUUCAGAGCGUGACGCCUGUGAUUCACACGUUGAAGUAUUUCCGAACAGCGUCAACUAAAAUUUCGGCCUUCCCGGCGUACAUGGAGGUGGGUUACGUGGACAGGGUGGAGUUCAUCCACUAUGACAGCGACAGCAAGAAAGCGGCAGCCAAGCAGGACUGGAUGGAGAAAAUCACCGCCGACGAUCCCGACUACUGGGAGACGGAGACGCAGAGAAAUGCCGUCAAUGAGAACGUCUUCCAAGUCAACAUCGGAAUUGCCAGGAAGCGCUUCAACCAUACGGGAGGUGUUCACAUUCUCCAGUGGAUGUUUGGCUGUGAAUGGAAUGAUGAGAACGGCGACGUGGACGGUUGGAAUCAGCACAGCUACGACGGGGAAGACUUCAUCUCAUUGGACACCAAGACGAUGACCUACGUCGCGGCGAAACAACAAGCUUUCAUCACCAAACUCAAGUGGGACCGCGACGAGGCUCGAAAAGAAUACAGGAAGCACUACUACACUGAGAUUUGCCCUUCUAUGCUGAAGAAGCUUGUGAACUACGGGAGGAACGUCCUAAUGAGAACAGAGCUUCCAAAGGUGUCGCUCCUCCAGAAGACGGCGUCCUCCCCGGUCACCUGCCACGCGUCGGGUUUUUACCCCGACACAGCCGACCUUUUCUGGAGGAGAGACGGGGAGCAGCUCCACGAGCACGUGGAACUCGGCCGGACCCUCCCCAACCACGACGGAACCUUCCAGAUGACGGUGGACCUGAAAGCGGAGCUGACGGCCGAGGUGGAGGGCCAAUACGAAUGUGUGUUUCAACUGUCUGGUGUCAAGGAUGAAAUUGUCACCAAACUGGAGAGAAGAAACAUCCUGAGCAACGAACGCAAUGAAGAAGAGGAAAAGAAAAAGAAAAUCGUCGCCGUCGUUGCCCCGUUGGUGGUGGCGGCGGCUCUGGUGGUCGUCAUAGCGAUCGUCGUCAUCGUCACGCGCCACAAAUGCAAACGUGACGAUUACGGUCCAGCUUCUACCGACGGGGGUGUGGCGCUCUCCGAGAAGUUGAGAAAGGUCGAAACCUGAGCAAGACACGUCUGCCGACAGCACGCGUUGAGGACGCGCACGUGGCGAGGGCAAAAUGUGAACAUUUCAAUGCUUGUGCUGGGGCACUCUUUAGUGCUCUCCUAGAGACAGACUCUGCUUCCUCAUGGGAAGGCGUGUCAGUGGAAUUGAGGAGGUCUUCGAAGUAUUCUCCCCACUGACUCACGAUGGCCCGAGUCGAGGUCAGUAGCGCCCCAUCCCCACUAUACACAGUUUUGAUGGUACACUGCUUCCCCCUCCUGAGACGCCAGAUGGUGGACCAGAAUUUCCUCGAAGCCGUCCGGAAGUCUCCUUCCACGCCCGAGUUUUUGCUUCAGCGACCACCAAAGCUGCAUUCCGCUUGGCCAGCCGGUACUCAUCAGCUGCCUCAGGAGUCCCACAGGACAAAAAGGCCCGAUAGGACUCCUUCUUCAGCUUGACGGCAUCCCUCACCGUUGGUGUCCACCAACGGGUUCGGGGAUUGCCGCCACGACAGGCACGGACUACCUUACGGCCACAGCUCCGGUCGGCCGCUUCAGCAAUGGAAGCGCGGAACAUGGUCCACUCGGACUCGAUGUCCCCCGCCUCCCCCGGAACAUGAGCAAAGUUCUGUCGGAGGUGGGAGUCGAUACUCCUCUGACAGGGGAUUCUGCCAGACAUUCCCAGCAGACCCUCACAAUACAUUUGGGCCUGCCACAUCGGACGGGCAUCUUCCCCCACCAUCGGAGCCAACUCACCAACAGGUGGUGAUCAGUUGACAGCUCCGCCCCUCUCUUCACCCAAGUGUCCAAGACAUGCGAACACAAGUCUGAUGACACGACCACAAAGUCGAUCAUCGAACUGCGACCUAGGGUGUCCUGGUGCCAAGUGCACGUGUGGACACCCUUAUGCUUGAACAUGGUGUUCGUUAUGGACAAUCAAGAUGGUGCCUUCCCAUGUGGUCGCCUCGGUUACGCGCUCUCUAGUAUUGUUUGUUUUUGUGUUUUUCGUUCGUCUUUGGAGACAUUACACGACUCACUUACACAAGGGGAGAUUUGCUCACCAUCAAGGAGGCUACUCCUGACUUUCUUUCACCAACUUUCGCAAAUCCGCUCAGUUUUUUCCCCUGAGUUACUCACCAGAGCAGCAACCACGGUCUUUAGCGCAUGGAGGCAAAGCCGACGCCACAAAGAGAAGCGCCAGGUGAAACUCCGCAAGAGAGGAUACAGACUGGCGUUUCCGUCCAUCCACCUCGCGAAUCUACGCUCCCUACCCAACAAAAUGGACGAGCUUCAUCUUCUGAUAAAGACCAGUAAAGACUUCGGACGUUCAGCCGCCCUGUCCUUUACGGAGACUUGGCUUUGUGACGCCGUACCCGAUGCUUCAUGCUUCCCGUCUUCCAUCUUCACCGGGCAGACCGCGACAUGGAAUCAUCGGGGAAAACAAAAGGCGGCGGGAUAUGCUUCUAUAGCAACGAGAAAUAGUGUACAGCCGUCACGGAGCUCAGCACACACUGCAGCCCGCAUUGGGAGUCGCUGUUUUUGAACUGAAAGCCAUUCUACUCGCCUCGUGAGUUCUCAUUAUUCAUUCUCGCUGACGUCUAUAUUCCGCCUCAAGCUAACACGAACGCCGCACUGCUAACGCUCGCCGAACAAGUAAAACGAAAUUGAAAUAAAAACACCCGGACUCACCCCUCAUUAUUCUCGGGGACUUUAACAAAGCUAAACUCAACCACGAACUCCCUAAAUACAAGCAGCACAUUGGCUGUCCCACCAGGGAAAAUAACAUUUUAGACCACUGCUAUACUACGCUAAAAAACGCAUACCGUGCUAUACCUCGUGCAGCCCUGGGCUCGUCUGAUCACUGCUUAAUUCACUUAAUACCGACAUACAGGCAAGAACUUAAAUGCGCGAAGCCUACAGUGAAAACAGUGAAAAAGUGGACCACUGAAGCAAAGAUAGAACUGCACAGAAUGGAGUGUCUUUGAAAAUUCAGCCGGCAGCCUGGGUGAAUAUACGGACACUGUCACAUCCUAUAUCAGUUUCUGUGAAGCGGUUUGUGUACCAACAAAGUGAUUUAGCACAUUCAAUAACAACACGCCGUGGUUUACUGCCAAACUUAAGCAACUUCGCCAAGCUAAGGAGGACGCAUAUCAAAGCGGGGACAGGGCCCUGUAUAAUCGAGCUAGAAACCAGCUGACUAAAGAAAUUAACAUUGCAAAGAGGAACUAUGCAGCAAAGUUGGAAAACCAGUUUAGCGCUAACGACUCUAAAUCAGUCUGGCAUGCAUUCCAAUCGCUGACCGAUUACAAGCGACGAUCCCCCCAAGCUGGGAACAAUAGCACACUAACCAACGACUUGAAUACCUUCUACUGCUGAUUUGAAAAGGACACUUUCACACCCCACACCCACCCAGCCACACCUCCAACCGUCCACGAACAGGAUGUGAGACGCAUCUUCAAACAACAAAAGCUUAGCAAAGCGGUAGGCCCAGACCAUGUGUCCCCAUCCUGCCUCAAAGUCUGCGCGGACCAGCUCGCUCCGGUCUUCACACAGCUCUUCAAUAGAUCUCUGGAACUGUGCGAAGUACCAUCCUGUUUCAAACGCUCCACCAUCAUUCCAGUCCCCAAGAAACCCACAAUCUCGGGUCUAAAUGACUACAGGCCAGUUGCCUUGACAUCUGCGGUCAUGAGGUCCUUUGAACCUCUCGUGCUGGACCACCUCAAGAGCGUCACAGGUCCCCUGCUGGACACCCUGCAGUUUGCCUACCGAGCGAACAGGUCUGCGGAUGAUGCAGUCAACAUGGGACUGCACUGCAUCCUAGAACACCUCGACAGUGCAGGGGCCUACGCGAGGAUCCUGUUCGUGGACUUCAGCUCAGCGUCUCACCUGCCAUCUGCCAGUGGAUUUACAGCUUUCUGACGGGCAGGACACAGCAGGUCAGGCUAGGCGAGGCCACCUCAUCCACACGCAGCAUCAGCACUGGGGCGCCCCAAGGUUGUGUCCUCUCUCCGCUGCUCUUCUCUGUCUACACGAACGACUGCACCUCAAUGUACCCGGCUGUCAAACUCCUGAAGUUUGCAGAUGACACCACUGUCAUCGGCCUUAUCAAGGACGUUGACGAGUCUGAAUAUCGACAGGAAGGGGAGCAGUUGAAGCUGCGGUGCGGCAGGCACAACCUGGAGCUGAACAUGCUCAAGACUGUAGAGAUGAUCCUGGACUUCAGGAGGCAUCCUUCCCCACAGCUUCCCCUCACGCUGUCCAGCUUCCUUGUGCCAACCGUCAAGACCUUCAAGUUCCUGGGAAUUACAGUCUCUCAGGACCUGAAGUGGGCGAUCAACAUCAACUCAGUCCUCAAAAAUGCCUAGCAGAGGAUGUACUUCCUGCGGCGUCUGCGGAAGCACGGCCUGCCACGGCACGGCCUGCCAUGCUGCGACGAAGCGAGGGCUUCUCACUUGACAACGUAGCACAAACACGAACGCACUUGACACAAAACGUUGAAGUCUGCGUAAAAGUUAGGCGAGCGUUUGAGAGUUGAAAUUGAAAAAAAUAUGCAACAGUGAGAAUUGCAAACUUCUCAACAGUGAGAAUUGCAAACUGUAAUCAAUAGUGUAAAAAAAAUAAAAUAAUG